UCCGAAACAAAAGUCUAUAGCUUUAGGUCCAAUAGGUUGUAGGCUCAAGCCCAUUAACUCUAUCCCCCUCUCACGCUCCCCCCCUCUCUCUCUCUGCAAAACCCUAGAUUACCAAAAGUGAAAGAAGCCCGGCCAUUGUAUCCGAUCGGCAGACUCGUCCUCGCCGUGGAUCUCCGCCGUAAGGAGCGGCGCAAGGGCUUGGUUCCAGUCUAAGAUGUUAGCAACAACUGAAAACAACGAGCCAAUUAGUACAGAACCAACACAGUCUAACAAGCGAAGGAGAAAGAAGUCGAUUGUGUGGGAGCACUUUACUAUAGAACCUGUAGGUGCUGGAUGUACAAGAGCUUGCUGUAAGCAGUGCAAACAAACCUUUGCAUACAGUACAGGUACAAAACUAGCAGGGACCAGCCACCUGAAACGACACAUUAUGUUAGGGACCUGCCCAGCAACUCGUCGUAAUCAGGAAAAGAAUCAAUUAACACCGUAUACUCCAAACUCAAAACCUGGUAGUGCUACUGAUCCUCCACCAAGGAGACGCUAUAGAGCAAGUCCUGGCACACUAAGUUUGUUUGAUCAGGACCGCUGUCACCAUGAGAUUGCUAAGAUGAUCAUCAUGCAUGAGUAUCCACUUCACAUGGUAGAACAUCCUGGCUUUGUAAGCUUUGUCCAAAACCUUCAACCUCGUUUUAGUAUGGUAAAUUUUAGCACUGUCCAAGGUGACUGUGUAGCUCUUUACCUAAGGGAGAAACAAAGCCUUAUGAAGAUUCUGGAAGGGACUUCUGGGAAGAUCAGUCUUGCCUUAGACUUGUGGACAUCAAAUCAAACCCUAGGCUAUGUGUUUGUAAUGGGACACUACAUCGACAAUGAAUGGAAGUUACAGCGGCGAAUUCUUAAUGUUGUGAUGGUACCAUCUAUUGAAAGUGGAAAUGCAUUCAAUCAUGCUGUUGCUACUUGCCUUUCUGAUUGGGGUUUGGAAAGCAAGUUAUUUGCUGUCACUUUGAAUCAGCAGCUCUUGAAUGAUAGUGCAAAUGGAGAUAUUAGAGGUUACUUCUCCAUCAAGAAUCCAAAUAUGCUUAAUGGCCAACUACUAAUUGGCCAUUGUUACGCCCAUGUUUUAAGUAGUGUUGCACAAGAUGCAUUGGGAGCAUUGCAGGAAAUCAUCAACAAAGUUCGGACAAGUGUGAAGUUUGUGAAGACGUCAGAUGCCCAUGAAGAAAAGUUUAUCGAGCUUAAACAACAACUUCAAGUUCCCAGCACAAAGAGUCUGUCCAUUGAUGACCAAAAAAAAUGGAAUACAACAUAUCACAUGCUGGUGGCUUCCUUAGAGUUAAAGGAAGUAUUUUCAUGCUUGGAUACCUCUGAUCCUGAUUACAAGGAAGCCCCAACCAUGGAUGAUUGGAAGCAGAUUGAGACUCUAUGCAUAUACUUGAAACUUCUAUAUGAUGCAGGUAACUUGUUAACCAGUGCAACAUACCCAACUGCCAACACAUUCUUCCAUGAGGUAUGGAAAAUCCAAUUAGAGCUGACCCAUGCAGCAACGAGCCAGGAUCCCUUUGUAAGCAGCCUUACCAAGUCAAUGCAGGAGAAAUUUGAUAGAUACUGGAGGGAUUGUAACCUGGUCUUAGCAAUUGCCGUUGUUAUGGAUCCUCGGUUCAAGAUGAAGCUUGUGGAGUUCAGUUUCUCAAAGAUCUAUGGUGAUGAUGCGGGUGAAUAUAUCAGGGUUGUAGAUGAGGGAAUUCAUGAACUCUUUCUUGAAUAUAUGGCACAACCCCUUCCUCUAACACCAACUUAUGUGGAACGAGAAACUCCCAAGACAGAAUCACCGGGUGGUAUCCUUCUGUCCAGUGGUGAUGGACUUCUGGAUUUUGAUGUCUUCAUUUCAGAGAUGUCAAGUAGCCAAAACUCCAAGUCUGAGCUGGACCAAUAUCUGGAAGAGUCACUGUUGCCCCGGAUACAGGAAUUUGACAUCUUGAGUUGGUGGAAACUGAACAACCUCAAGUAUCCAACACUUUCCAGGAUGGCUCGAGAUAUUUUAGCAAUCCCUGUAUCCCCUGCCUCAGCUGAUUCUGUAUUCGAUACCGAAAUCAAAAGGCUUGAUUCCUACCGGAGUUCCCUUCGUCCUGAGACAAUCGAGGCCCUUAUUUGUGCCAAGGAUUGGCUUCCUCAUGGAACGCCCUCUGCUGAGCUUUCCAAGGCCAUUGUGAAAAUGGAAUUUUGAAUUUAUGUUAUUUCCUUUUUCUUUUUUGCUCAUCUUGAAGUGUUUAAGCUUCAGACAGUAGCUUAUUUCUAUGGGUUUUCUUUGGAUUUAGAACUCACAACAGCUGUAAUAUGUGUUCAUAGUUUUCUUUGGUAGGUUGGAUAAAUUUUGUCUCUUUGAUAUCGUUCUUGUUUCUUGGGAUAGUUGGAUACCUGACAUUGGUCCGUUGUGACUUGUGAUCCA